AUGAUCAUCACUUCCACAACCAUCCUCCUGCUGCUGCUGCUGGCACGACCACUUCCGGCGACGGACUCCUCCUCCUUCGAUACCGUGUACAUAGUGUACACAGGUGCUGCAAACCCGGCCAACUUCGCUGUCAAGGAAACCGUUCUCAACUCUCUACUCGAGAGUAGCCGGCGGCGGGGGAAGCAAGAGAUGGAGGUUCUCAUGACUUAUAGCCACGGGUUGUCGGGCUUCGCAGCCCGUCUCUCGCCGGAGGAGGCAGCUUCUGUUGCAGCCCAACCAGGAGUCGUGUCGGUCUUCCCGGACACCAGCAUGCAGCUCUUCACGACAAGAUCCUGGGACUUCCUCGAAGCGUUGACUCAAUCCAAUGCCGCCGCAUCUCCUCCGCUCCCGGCUUCAAGGGCACCCGACAGCAGCAACGUUGUGAUAGGUUUCUUGGACACCGGGAUAUGGCCCGAGUCCGAGAGCUUUCGACGACGACAACAAGGCGGGAGCAUCCCACGUGGCUGGAAGGGUACCUGCGUCACGGCAAGAGACUUCAACAAAACCGCCUGCAAUGGGACGAAAAUCAUAGGCGCCAAGUACUACAUCAGCCACAGCCCAAGAGACCGAGACGGACACGGGAGCCACGUGGCGUCAACGGCGGCGGGAGUGGCGGUGGACAAGGCUUCCUUCUACGACGGCCUCGCUGCGGGCACCGCCAGGGGAGGGUCGGAGUCCGCCAAGAUUGCCAUGUACAAAGUGUGCGAGAAUAGGAACUGCCCGAAAACGGCCAUCCUCAAAGCAUUCGAUGACGCCAUCGCCGACGGCGUCCACGUCAUUUCCGUCUCGCUCGGCGAUCCCUAUCCCGACUUUCUCAGCGACCCGGUCGCCAUCGGUGCCUUUCACGCCGUCGAGCACGGGAUCACGGUCGUUUGUGCUGCCGGAAACAGCGGGCCCCGGCCGUCCACGAUCUUAAACGAUGCGCCGUGGGUCGUGACCGUGGGCGCCUCCACCGUCGACAGGGCUUUCCGCUCCGACAUCCUCCUGGGCGGAGGCGAAGUUGUAAAGGGGGAAUGGAUACGGCUUCCCGAUCUGAGUCGAUCGCCGAUAUACCCACUCAUCGACGGCCGAUCAGCAGCCAAGGCAGGCAAUUUGUCCCGCGCGGCAAGAAGAUGCGAACCCGGUUCCCUAAGCAAGGCGAAAACUAAAGGCAAAAUCGUGAUCUGUGAUAUCAAAGACCGCAACGGCUUCAAUUUCAAAGACCAAUUGGACAAGGUGGCGCUAAGAGGCAGCUUAGGUAUAAUACUUGCUAACAACGAUUCCAAAAGGGUGGUCCUAUACCAAUGGGACUUUCCCCUUACUAGGGUCGGCUGGAGUGGAGCUGCACAGAUUCUCAACUAUAUCAAAACUACUAGGUACCCAGACGUAACAGCUCCUGGCCUCGCCAUCCUCGCCGCCUGGAUAGGUGAUCGGCCGCUUGAUGAGAAGCCGAAAGGAAGGCCCCAAUCAAGCUUCGAAAUCGACUCCGGAACAUCCAUGUCGGGGGUCGCGGCCAACAUCAAGGCCGCACACCCUGCCUUCACCCCAUCUGCCAUCAAAUCAGCCAUCAUGACCACAGCUUUUUCAAACGACAAUCUGGGAUCCCCGAUCACCAGCAACAACGGAGACGAGGCCACCCCGUACGAUUUGGGAGCAGGGGAGCUGAACCCAAGGGGAUCGCUGAACCCGGGACUCGUGUACGAGACGAGCGCGACCGACAACCUGCUUUUCAUGUGUUACCAUGGGUACGACACGAGCACUGUGAGGUCGAUGUCCAAAGUUGCCCGAUCGACAGGCUUCUCGUGUCCUGACGACUCCGGACCGGACCUCAUCUCGAACAUCAACUACCCAUCGAUCUCGGUCCUCCUGCGAGCCGCCAACAAAAUCAGGACCGUUCCCAGGGUCUUGACCAAUGUGGCUGGAAGCGGGAAUUGGACCUACAGGGCCGUGGUCAGAUUUGGAGGAGCAUCGCCAUGUGUGACUGUCAAAGUAUCCCCAACAAAGUUGCUCUUCACUGAAAACGGAGAGAAGCGAUCGUACAAGGUCAAGGUUAGAUCAAAGGGUGGUUGUCCUGUAGACAAGGGUGUUGUAUAUGGUUGGAUCACGUGGACCAACCCAUCUUUUAAGGUCCGAUCCCCGUUUGUCGUCCGGAGGUAG